AUGGCAAGAAAAAAGAAGACCACUAUGGGCAAGCAGAAGAUUGAGAUAAAGAGGCUGGAGAGUGAAGAUGCUCGCCAUGUGUGCUUUUCAAAGCGCAAAGUUGGCAUAUUCUCUAAGGCUAGCGAGCUCGCCACACUGUGUGGAGCUCGCGUGGCAGUCCUGUUGGAAUCCCCCGUAGGCUGGCCCCACUCCUUCGGCAGCCCAAAUAUGGGUCAAGUUGCAGAUCAAUAUUUAUCAGGCCGCAAUGAUUAUUACUUGGGCCUGAAUGAGGCCCAGAGGUUGAGCAAAGUCCAGGAGCUCAACAAACAGUGCAUGGAGAUAUCAGCCCAAUUGGAUGCGGCUAAGAAAAAGAAAGCCCAUUUUGAGGAGAAGUUGGAAAAAAUUGUGGAAGUGAAUGAGUUUGCUAGAAAAUGUGAGCAUUUGGAGGAGCUUAGUUUAGCGGAGCUUGUAGAGAUGGAGAAGGUCUUGUAUGAGCUUAGAGAAAACAUUCGGUUCAAGAUCUUUAGGGAUAUGACUAUGAAUCAAGGAGCAACGUCCUCUACCAAUGUGAAUGCUAAUAUGAUGUUAAACCCAUUCGAGAAUGGAGGAAACCAUGGUAUGAUGGUGAACUUGUUUGAGCAUCAAACUGGGUUAAGUGAAAAUCCAUUUACCAUGAACUUCUCGGACCUUGGAGCGAAUCAGUCAGGUUCAAGUACUGGUCAAGGGAAUCCCGCAGAUAAUGUGAGCCUAAAUGAGCCUGAACCAAGUCAGCCUGCAACAAAUGAUACCAUGGGGCCUGGCCAUGGAUUUUACUGA